UGCUCGGCUAGCGCGCGUUGAACUAUGCCCUCUCGCUUGCGGUGGUAAAGAAAAAGCGCGUAGUGUCAUAGAUUUUCCCCUUAUUAGAAUUCCCGGAUGCUAACCGGGGGAAACUGAGUUAAAGUGAACAAGGCAGCAUACGACGGAACGAAAAACGAAAACGGCCAAAGUCAGUCAAAUCUCGCAGUAAAACAAAGAGAAAUAGGAGUCGGAAUUCAUUAACACACACAGUAAAGCCUGGCUUAAAGCUUCUCCUCGGCUGCGAGCCCUUUUGUGCGAUAGUGCUAUGACUUUUCCGCGAUGAUACGCCGAGCACAAAAGCGAGCAGCAUAUAAUCUGUUAUGAAUUUUUGAUUGCUUCUCCAAGCCUUCUCCGUGGUGGAAGAGAAAAGACAUCACCACUGGACAACGGAAAACGGUGCUGUUGGUGGUGGUUGUCCCUAGUGACUGGCUAGUGUCCGUUUCUUUGCCGCUUUGUACUACACUUGAUGGCUUCUUCACUACACUAAUAAUGUGAUAGACAAGGCAAGCAGACACAGCAGGCUCGUUUUUCUUCUGCUCUGCAUAGAAUUAAUGGUUCGAGGUGGUGUGGGGAGUGAGACUUAACUCCCGCAGCCAAGCCAAAGGGAAGCAGUAUAAUAGCAACUUCCUUCCACUACUGGACGGGGGUGAGGAAAGUGACCAUCCGGUUGGUUUUUUCUUCUUGUGUCCGCUCCUCUUCGUCGCUUCGGUUGGUGUCGCGUGAGAAAAUCUUGCUUCCUUAUUGUUUGUAGCUGUGUGUGUAGGGAGUGCAGAAAACAAUAGAAUACAAUUAGUGAGAAUGUGCUGAAGUGUAACGGAAUAAAACAACAAGCGCAAGGACUGAAAGACGCGUGCGGAGUGGAGGAGGCGAGAUUCGAAUAAAUAAAGCUUCCACCUUCCAUCGCUCAAGACGCAGACCACUGCUCAAGAUGGAUGACAUUUUCGGGAAGAAAAAGGAAGUCGUCCCCAUACUGGACCUUUCCAAAUCUUCCGCCACGACGCGGGAAGAGUUUAAGCGCAUGAUCGAGAAGGUGCCGGACUACAAGAUGCGCCCGAUCAAGGUGCGGUCGGACGAGAUCCGGUUCAAGGAGAAGGAGUACGGGUUUAAGAUGCAGAAGAAGGAGCUCCGGAUGCUGAUGAAGAACGGGGGCGAGCGGGACAAGCUGUACGCGUACAUGGAUCCGAUACCGGCCGAGAUGCGCAACCUGGUCAUACUGGAGCUGUGCAGCGUGCCGAUCGACUGGAAGAUGCUGACCAGCCAGCGGCCCAAGACGAAGGUGGAGGAGGACUACUUUAGCAAGCUGGUUGAGCUGGGCAAGCUGCAGAUCAAAACGAUCCAGCGCGACAAGCGGGAAAACCUGCUCGCCACCUCGGUCCGCAAGGUGAAGAACCGUUCCGGCAUCAUCGAGUCGCGCGUCUUCACCUGCAACGAGUGUAUGGAAGAGUUCUGCAACGGGAAAACGUGCGCCGACUUCAACUACGAUCUGUACACGCGCAUCGUGCCGAAAGUGCCGCUGCUCAAGACCAACUCGCAGCAGCAGCUCUCGCUGAACGGUGGUGCCGGUGGUUUGGGCGGCGGUGCCGGAAGGAUGCUGGGCGAUCUGCACCAAAAAAGCAUCGACAGUGGCAGUGGAGCGGGUGGCGGUGGUGGUGGAAAAAAGGGUCGCAAGGGGGCGCGUAAAAAGGGCCACAAAUCGAAGGCAAAAUCAGUGGAGGCGGCCGAUGACGAGGGCAAUCAGGGUGGCACCAGCGGUGGCAAUGCGGCUGCCGGGGGCCAUGGUCAUGGGGGUAAGAAGAAGGGCAAGCGAGCGUCACGUAGCAAAACACCGCCGAAAGCAAAAUCGAUGGAAAAGUAAUCAAAGGGCAUCCGUUGGCGUCUUUACUCUGCUUGGUACCGCAGUCACCAGAGCCAGAGUGAUGCCAGACAAUA